AUGGCUCCAAUCCGGCUCGGAAUCAUUGGCCUGUCUGCCACAAACGUCGGUAGCUGGGCUAGCGUUGCUCACCUGCCCUACCUCCUCUCUCCUCGCGGCAAGGCUCAUUACAGGAUUGUCGCCCUCUGCAACUCAAGCGUAGAGUCCGCACGCCUGGCCAUUGAUAUGUUCCAACUCCCCCCAGAAACUCGGGCAUACGGCAGCCCUAACGACCUCGCUCGAGAUGCUGACGUCGACUUCGUAGUGUGUAGCACCCGCGUCGACAAACAUUACGAGACCAUCGAGCCCAGCAUCGUUGCCGGCAAGGCAGUCUUUGUAGAAUGGCCGCUUGCAUCUAACAUCUCGCAGGUGCGCGAGCUAGCUGGCCUGGCUAGGGAACAGGGAAUCAGGUCUCUCAUCGGCCUGCAAGGGCGCGUCACCGCUCCAAUCGAUGCGGUACAAGAAAUUCUGGAGCAGGGUCGCAUUGGCAAGGUUCUCAGCUCGGAGGUGAAAGCGAGUGGAGGUGCCGGUGCUCGCGACGUGAUCCCCCAGUCCCUGAAAUACUUUACCCAGCUGGAGACGGGAGGUAACAUGGUCAUGGUUGGUUUCAGUCACUUGUGGGAUUUCCUCCAAUUUGUGCUCGGGGAUGCUCAAGACAUUGGUAGCCGACUUCAGCUGCAGCGCCCUGAAGUCGGGCUCACCUCUUCAAAGACUGGCACGGUCGUGGAGACUGUUAAGUCGGACGUGCCAGACCUUGUUUUCGUCACUGCCCAGUUGGGAGAUAACGUACACGUCCAAGACAGGGCUUCUCUCCUCGUCAGGUACCGCCAGGGUCAGCCAUUCCCUGGCGAACCCCGUUUGGUCUGGACCAUCAAUGGAGAAAAGGGCGAGAUCAAGUUAACAGCAGAAGGCGGGACGACCCCACGAACCUUGGCCUCGAGACCCAUUAAGAUCCUACUGCACGACUUUGCUACAGAUCACGUUGAAGAGGUUGGCUGGAGCUGGGAGCCAUGGCAGGCGGAACUCCCGGCCGCGACCAGAGGUGUUGCUGGGCUGUACGAGGCGUUCGCCCGUGGAGACAGUACCGCCUAUCCUGACUUUGAACAUGCCUUGAAGCGCCAUGAGCAAUUGGAGGAAAUGCUAUGUGGUUGGCGUUGA